AUGCUGCGUCAGGCACUUUGUAGAUUUGGUCAAAAACUGGUACGUGGACCUACGCUGAAGGAACCGGUGGCUGAGAAUGACCCACAGAGAAGAUUGAGCACUCUGGAUUUAGUGACCCAGGGUGUGGGCCACACAGUGGGUAUAGGUGUGUAUGUCCUGGCUGGUGAGGUGGUCAGAAAUCAAGCAGGACCAUCUUUUGUGAUCUGCAUUUUGGUGGCUGGCCUAUCUUCUCUGUUGGCUGGGCUGUGCUAUGCAGAGAUUAGUACCCUCAUUCCCCAUUCUGGCUCUGCAUAUCUCUACAGCUUUGUCACUAUAGGUGAACUCUGGGCCUUCAUCACUGACUGGAACCUCAUCCUCUCCCUUGUUGCUGAGAAAGCCAUUGUGUUCAUCACAUGGAUGUUAACUUUUGACAACCUGCAUGGGAACCGGCUGUCUCAGACUGUGCAAGAGAGCAUCUCAGCACAUGUUCCCCCUGUCCUUACAAAAUAUCUAGAAUUCUCUGCUCUGGGUUUUGUGUUGUUGUUCAUGGAAUUCAGGAGUCUUUGGUAUUCCGCAUCAUUAUUGAGUUCCACAGCUGCCAAACUGGUCACAUUGGUGAAACUUUUGGCUCUCAGCUUUGUCAUAACCUCUGGCUUCAUUAAGGGGUACCUGCACAACUGGAAGCUCACAGAAGAGGACUAUGUAAAGGCUGGACUCAAUGACACCUCGAGCUUGGGCCCUCUGGGCUCUGGAGGAUUUGUGCCUUUUGGCUUCAAGGGGAUUCUUGGUGGAUCAGCUACCUGUUUCUAUGCAUUUCUUGGUUUCAACCAUAUUGUUACCAGAGUUGAAAAAGCCCAGAGUCCCCAGCGUUCCAUCCCCAUUGGCAUUGUGAUUUCACUGUUCAUCUGCUUUUUGGUGUAUUUUGGUGUCUCUUCAGCAUUCACGCUUAUGGUGCCUUACUACCAGCUCCAACCUGGGAGCACCUUGCCUGAGGUAUUUCUCCAUAUUGGCUGGGUCCCUGUCUACUAUGUGGUAGCUUUUGCAUUGCUGUGCAUUCUUUCCGCCAGCCUUUGGAGCUUUGUGUGGCCAAUGCGUCAGGUGCUAUACAUGAUGGCAAAGGAUGGCCUCCUGUUCCCUGUCCUUACCCGUAUCUCUUUCUUCCAAUACUCUCUUAUCAUGAUCAUUGUGUUUGUUGGAACUAUUCCAGUCAUUGUAUUCAUCUUUGGAGUCACUGAUCUCUUGGACCUAAGGUCAGUUGUGUCCCUGAUUUGUCAUUCCCUGGUUGUGAUUUGUGUUCUCAUCCUCAGGUAUCAGCCUGAGAUGCAGAAUGAGGAAAAUGAAGCAGAGGUGCAGGAGGAGAAUGGACCUGCAGCAGAGAGGCUGACUCUACAGCGACUACUUUUUCCAGGUAGUUCCACCCCCACUCCACUCUCUGGCCGGGUUGUCCAUGUUUGUUCCUCACGGCUUGUGUUGCUCAAAGAAGUUUGCCUGGUGCUGACCCAGGGGCCAGUUCUGCUUUCUGGAGACCCAGUGUGGAUUUUGGUGGAUGUGCUGCUCCUGGUGCUCAUCAUUGGGAUCACUGGGGUCAUCUGGAGACAGCCUCAGAGCUCCAGUCCCCUUUACUUUAAGGCCUGCCUGCCUCUCCUCCCACUGCUGAGCGUCUUUGUGAAUGUUUACCUUAUGAUGCAGAUGACAGCUGGCACCUGGAUAGUAUUUGGUGUCUGGAUGCUAAUUGGGUUUGUUAUCUACUUCGCCUAUGGGAUCCAGCACAGCUGGGUCGCUAUCCCCACUUAAGUCAGGGCAAAAAGUGUAGACCUUGAAUUCAGCUGUGUCAGUACAUAUGCAGUUUGACAUCAUCGACCCAGUCGGGUCCCCCUGCAUAAUAAUGGAAUACUCUUGAUCACAGGGAAAGGUGGGCCUCCCAUGGGAUGUUGGUGGGUGAACACCAAUAGAGCUCUGUGUAUAUUGUGGAGUGAUGGGUGCAUCUUUGUUAAUUUUCCUUUUUUUUUUUUUUUACUUGUCUACUUGAAUUGUAUCUGUAGUUGCUUACUGGCUUUAAAAUGUUAUUAUUAUAAGAAACUAGAAAAAACAUUUUUUAUUUCCUUGCUUAAAUAUCCAGUACCCGUGGGGUGCCUGGCUGGCUCAAUCACUAGGGCAUGCAUUUUUUUCUCUCAGGGUGGUAACUUUGAGCCCCAUGUUGUGUGUAGAGAUUAUUUAAAAAAAUAACCAGUAGCAGUAUUACUGGAUCAUAGGUACUUUUAUUUUUAAUUUUUUGAGGAACCUCUAUACUGCUUUCCGUAGUGGCUGCACCAACUGACAUUCCCAACAAGAGUACCUGAGGGUUCCUUUUUCUCCACAAUACUUGCUUAUCUUUGUCUUUUUGAUUUUAGCCAUCCUGACAGGUUUAAAGUGAUAUCCAAUUGUAGUGUUAAUUUACAUUUCGCUGUGAUUAGUGAUGGUGAACACCUUUCCGAGUGUCUGUUGGCCAUCUGUAUAUCAUCUUUAGAAAAAUGUCUAUUUAGUUCCUCUGCCCAUUUUUCAAGUGGAUUGAGUUGUAUAAGUUGUUUCUGUAUUUUGUGUAUGAACCUCUUAUUGGAUAUAUCAUUUACAAAUACCUUCCCUUAUUCAGUGGGUUGCCUUUCUCUCUUGAUGCUGAUUUCCUCUUCAGGGCAAAAGCAUUUUAGUUACAUGAUUUCAAAAAGAUAUAUGCACCCCUAUGUUUACUGUGGCAUAGUUUACAAUAGCCAGGACAUGGAAGCAACCCAAAUGUCCCUUGAUAGAUGAAUAGAUAAAGAAGAUGUAAUAUCUAUCAAAUUA